CCGGCGCCAUAGACGAACGCCACGUAUUUGUUAUGUGCUAACCGUGUCGCCGCAUACCGGCGAGUGGAUAACAUAUCAGAUUGGUGCUUCGUCCCAUCGGGGACAGAGAUUCGCUACGCACAACGUUGCUGUCGGUGCCUAGGUCUUAAUCUUUUUCGACGAUGUCUCGCGUUUCCGCGGGCGCGUUGAUUUGCGCUCUCUUGCUCUAUCUGGGCACGCAUAGUGGCUGCUUCGCGGCCCACCUCGUGGAUGCGGAUCUGGUUGUCAGAAAUGUUGAGCGGCACAUCGACCUGCAGUCUCAGCUGACCAAGAUCACCACUCGGGUGGUGCUGGACAACAGCGGUAAGGAUCGCGGCGUACCGAACUUCCUCUUCUGCCUGGACGACACCCAGAGCCGAUCCGUCAGUUACGUGGCGGCGCGCGUGGAGCCCGGUAAGUUGGAAUUGAAGGUGACGCAGACCACGGUGUCAGCAUAUCCCAACAGGGUCUUCUACUCCGUCGAUCUCGGCAAUCAUCUGGCACCCCGUCGCACCCUCACCAUCGAGCUCGAGACGAUAUUCACGCAUGAAUUGAUGCCGCAUCCCAAGCAGAUCACCCAGCAGGAGAAGCAACUUGUCAGAUACACGGGGAACGUGUAUGUCUGUCUGCCCUACACUGUCACCAAACAGACCACCUACGUGGCGUUGCCUACCCGCAAUCUUGAGAGUUACACCAAGAUCAAGCCAGUCUCCCAGACUGGUUCAAUGUUGGCUUAUGGACCAUAUGAGACGCAGCCACCAUUCGCUUAUGAGGAAUUGACGGUGCAUUUCGAGAAUAACAACAAGUUCCUUACAGUAACGAGGCUCGAGAGAAUCAUCGAGAUCUCUCACUGGGGUAACAUUGCCAUUGAGGAGCACAUUGAUCUCCUGCAUACCGGAGCACUGUUGAAGGGCUCCUUCUCGCGUUACGAGUACGCCCGAGAGUCCAAGUCUGGCCAGUCCAGCAUCCAGAGCUUCGAUACUAUCUUGCCUGCAGCAGCCUCCGAUAUUUAUUAUCGUGACGAAAUCGGUAACAUCUCCACGUCGCACACUCGCAUCAAGAAGGACUCGGUGGAGCUGAAUCUGCGACCGAGGUUUCCUUUGUUUGGCGGCUGGAAAACUCGUUACACGAUUGGAUACAACGUACCCAGCUACGAGUACCUCUUUCACUCAGGGGAUGAGUUCGCUCUGGAAAUGAGACUACUGGAUCAUGUCUUUGACGACAUGGUCGUGGACGAGAUGGUCCUGAAGAUUAUCCUGCCGGAGGGUGCACGGAACACAGAGCUGGAGCUGCCGUAUCCUGUCACCCCUCUGCCACAAUCCUGGCACUACACGUAUCUUGACAUCGCUGGACGGCCGGUGAUAUCCAUGACUAAGACCAAUUUGGUGGAGAAUCAUAUCCAGAACUUUAGACUGAGGUACACGUUCCCACGUUUGCUGAUGCUGCAGGAGCCACUAAUGAUCGUGCUGGCAUUAUGGCUGAUGUUCCUGGCGGUCAUAGUUUACGUGAGAUGCGACUUCUCCAUUGACAAGGACGAGGCGUCGGAGAGUAAGCUGAGAAUCGCCGGGCAGUGCGAGAAAAUACUCGCUGCUCAAGACCGCAGAAUUGCGACCUACUACAAUCUGGAGGAGCAGCUGGCGAGUCUGAAGGUGUCCAAGGACACGAACGGUUUCCAGUCCGCAAUAAAGAGCAUCAAUCAGGAUUACAAGGCGGCGAAUAACUCGCUCAACGAGAUUGCGCAGAAGAUAAAGGGCGAGUCUAGUGACGUGUACGAUCGUAUCCAGGAGCUGCAGAAAUGCGAUCGUUACCUGAAGGAGGUGUACGGCCAGCUGCAAUCGUUGUACUUGGAGAAAUUAAUCCCAGGCAAGAUCAGCCGUCAGCAGUUCAUUGACAUGGAAAUGACAAUCUCCAGGAAAAAGGAGGACUGCAUCGAAAAGAUCAACACGAUUGUCAAAUCGCUCCGGUAAUCGCGCCCCGCGUACGAAUCUAGGACUUUGAGAGCAACGAUGGUGCAUUUGCAAUAUACAGUAAUGAACCUCGCAUCUGUUAAUAUUCCAUUCGCGAGUAAAAAGAAGAAUUCCAUACUUUCAUAAGCGCGCAUCGAGUCACGAGGAAACUCUUAUCUAUAUAGAUUAAGAUUUUUAAAUUAAGAUUUAUAAUAUAGAUAGAGAAAAGGAAACAAACGAAAAUGUUUUUGUUAUAUUUUCUCUGUUAUAUCUUCAACAAAUGUUGUACUCAAAUAAAAAAAUUGUGAAAAAUAA